AGUGUAAUGUCAAAAGUCAUUCGGGACGCAUCGUAGCGCGUAGUUGUGUGUCGAAUUAACAGGGACUUUUUCGAAUAAACGAAAUAUAAUGCGACCAAUUUAAGUGUUUAGUGUCUAUAAUAUAAAGUUUGCGUGACUUUAUACAUUCUUUUUCUUUUCUUUUUUUUUUAUUAAAAAUAAUGUAGUGUUGUAGUGUGUAAUAUAACCUAUUUUGUGCUUGAUUUUAUAUUAUUCUGUGACUUAUCAUUACGAUAUUUGGGUAAUGUCCAGUUACGGGAGCAUGUCUCCGUCUGAUGAAGGAUGCGACCAUGACACCGCCUUCUUCUGCCAGUCCUGGCACUCAGGUAGUCCGAUGGAUGGUGGGGUGUAUUGGCCGGCAGUUAAUAGUGAAGGUCACGAGUUCGAAGCUCAAGAAGCAUAUCAUGACAACACGCAUUACAUAAGCCGAAACUAUGGUUAUGAAGAUAUGCAAGUAACGGGAAAUGAACCGUACGAUACAUAUCACCACGGUAUGCACCAUGGUUAUACACAGCACAACACAGUGGACUGCGACAUGCAGCCCCUCCCGCUCCAGUACGAGAGGCCAACCCCCCCCUCAUUCGUGCGGGUCGUGAAGAGACGAUCGACAGCAAACAAAAAGGAACGAAGACGCACACACAAUAUAAACACCGCGUUCUCCGAUCUAAGAGACUGUAUACCUAAUGUUCCUCCAGACACUAAGCUGUCAAAGAUCAAAACUCUCCGUCUGGCCACGUCCUACAUCUCCUACUUGCUGAAAGUAUUGGAGACUGACGGAGAACCUGUCGGCGGGUUCAGAGCUGAUCUUCAUCAUACACCACCCCGAAGGAAAAACAACGAUAGCAGUGUUCAGGUAAGAUAAUAUAGCUAUAACAAAGCUUAUUAUAAGAUUUAUGAUUAUAUAUAACAGUCGUUCUUAAUUGGUGGUCUGUAUACCAAUGGUGGUUAAUCACGAAGUUCAUAGUCCUUAUGUUAUAUGUUUACCAGUCAGUUGACAUCUAACAAAUUUCCAUCUGGCCAUAGACCCAUUCGGUCUGUUAUGUAAUACGUAAAGGUAGAUAAAUAAAAAAAUGUUGCAUGUAUCUAAAAUAUAAUCACUGGCUUAACUGGGAUUCACAGAUUCAGUGGUUCACUGACAACCAGUGGUCCACGGACCACUAAUAGUCCAUGGUCCACCAUUUGUCCACGGUCCACCAGUAGACCACGGACCACCAUUGGUCCACGGUCCACCACAGAUAUACAGACUAUGAACUUCGUGAUUAAUUAUCUACCUGCACUAAUAUUACAAAGUGGAAAGAUUUGAUUGUUUGUUUGUUUGCAUCGAUUAGGCUCCGACAGUGCUAGACCGAUAUUAUACACCUACUUUUAUUCACCUACGGGUCAUACGACGGUGACAUAGGACAUAAUAGGGAUGAUGACCGGGUAAAAAAAAUGCAAUUCUAUUUAGUUCGUCAGUCUGAUAAUAGAAAAAUAUUAGAUACGUAUUUUUUUUUACUUCAAUUUAACAAGAAAUGGCUUAGAUAACAGGCAUUAAAGUUGAGGAGUGGGGGCUCGCUACGUCACAGUUGAGUAGAAAACGUACCAUAACGUGACGUCAUGCGAAAUAUCAACUCAAUGUAACGCCGUACUUUUAUGAUUACGAAAAAAAUUUUAAAAUACCUGUUUAAUAUUUUUUAACACUCUACCUGACGGACAAACAAACAAAAAUUAGUCAUCAUCCCUAUUUACGGGAAAACUGGUGUGUGGGCUAAUAGUCUACACUUAAAUUCAACUGUAAUCCCUUUGGUUUGACAUUAAAAGACAUUCACGGACGAACUAUGUUUUUUGAAACCUAUUCAAUGAACGAUAUUGUAGCGAUGAAAAGUAUGGAUGUAAGCUAUGACUCCGAAUACAAACGCCUAAUAUCCAAUAAACAAUUUAUUGCUUACUUCACAAGGUGAAUCCUUAAGCUAGUGUCCGCACCAAUUAUAUUCAAUGAACAUACGAAGUUGUACAAUUAAUUAUUUCAAUUUAAAAUUCUUUUUCUCAACUUUAAUGGCACUUUGCGUCACCACAUUACUGCCAACUUCACGUAGGAGACCAUUACACGAUUUAAAUACAUUCAUUCAACAAAACAAUUUUGAAUUCCAAUUCUAUCUUUCUACAUAGAUUUACCAAAAACAACUUAAUACGAUUUUAAAACGUUAAUUAAAAAAUAAUUUUAUAUAAACAAAGAUUUAAACAUAAUCAUACUUCUUCUUCUUCUUUUAUUAAUGGCUUAUCUGCGCAUUUCGCACAAUUCUGCCAAUGUCAUGUAAAUUAAUUAAUUUCUACAUGUAAAAUGAAAUGAAUGAAAGAUGAAUUUGAAUCUAACCACAAUUUAAAAUUAUACUGACAAGCAACCGCCGUAGUCGAUAGAAAAAUCAAGAGUAUAUUAUAUAUAAUAUAUGAAAGAGUAAAAGUAAUAGAUACUGACUCAAAGUCAAAGUCAAAGUCAAAAUAAUCUUUAUUCAAAUAGACUUCUUAAAAGUACUUUUGAAUCGUCCAACAUUUUUUCCCUACCACUCGUUAAGGACGUCUUUUGGCUGAUAAGAAGAACGAGCAAGAAACUCACCAGCUCUAAUAGGAGUAAUGACAUUUACAAAAACCGUGUCAUUACCAGAUCAAUACAUUAUAAACAGAGAUAAAAAAAACUAUGGUCUUAUAAUAAUAACAUAAUCAUUUAAUAAUAAUGGAAACAAGAUAAUGAGUUAAGAAGUAAUCACCUAUCCAGUUGCUGGAUCAUCUCAAGUCCAAGCGUUCUUAUCUGUUAUAUAAUCGGAUACUUUAUAAUAAGCUUUUUUAAUAAGUAUUUUUUCUAUAGUAGAUUUAAACUGCAUGAUAUCUAAUUGUUGUAUUUUGCUUGGGACCUUAUUGUAGAAGCGCACACAAAGACCCCUGAAUGAGUUAUUAACUUUUUGCAGUCUAGUGGUCUGGUCAAUGAAUAAAAUCUAUAAACUAGUGUUCUAGGAGUAAAACUGCUAAUGAAUAUAAGUGUAUAUAAUAUGUUGGGAGAAGCCCACGAUAUCAUUAAUUUGACUUUAAUUGGAAAACUCUCACGGUCAGUUGCACAAACGUCCAUUAAAAUUGUAAUUAGUUUAAAGCGACAUUACCCAUACAAAUUUGACAUUCAUUAGACUUAAAGGCGUCAUUAAACCUUAAUGCACGUUUGUGCAACUGGCUUAUAGGCAAACGUUAGACAAAUAUUACUUUAUAAGCUUUUGAGAAAUAUCAGACGAAAGAGUUGAAUGUUGGAAAUGUGAACUUACAUUAAUGUCUAUUUAGUAACAGUCCAAUCUAACCUGCGGUUGCCUGGAAGAUUUUGCUCUUUAGCGAUAACGCCGCCAAUUGUACAACUAAACUGUAUCAAUUGUAAUUUUCUUUAAUUAUAGUGUACAAUAAAGAAUUUAUUAAUUAAUUCAUUAAUUCAAUCCUUCCACAGGUUUAGCGAAGUUUUUAUUCACACUAGUCCUAUCGGGGGGUACCAGGAACUGAAAAUAUUUAUUAGUAUAGCAUUACAUAAUUCCGUAAUUCGCUAUCAUAAUCGCUUUACCUCUGAAAGCUAUAGCUUUAUUAUAUUAUUAUAGAUUGGUAUUUAGCUGCCAUUACCAUGUAAUUUCACUAGGGAAAGUUAUUUUAUCUCCAUAUGGUUGAAUGGGUACACUCAGCGGCGCCCGCGCAUGUGCAUUAGUCUCGUCUGAGCCACUUCAGAUACCGAUACUCGGUAUUUUUAACUCGUCCUGUUGUAAGAUAGCUAAUCAAUCGAACUUACAUUAAUGCCCAUUUUCACUAACCUAGCACAAGGCGUAGCUUAACUAGAAAUCACUUAAUAUUAAUAAGCAGAUUUGCUUUAAAAACUUGUAACGUUAGGUAAUGUCUUACUAAGCACUUGCUCAGUUAGGCAAUGUUGGUCUAUGAUUUUGCAUGCUACAGCGCUUGUUCUUUUUAUUAAUGUACGGCAUAAUUGCGUUUACACAAUUCCGCCAAUGUCACGUUAGUGGCCUUUACACGUAAAGAGACAAUAACAAAAAAAUGUACUUUUAGAUAAUGAAACAAGAAAAAACACACACAAGCACCCAAAUCGUCAUUAUUCAUAAAAAAAAAAUUAUAAAUGUCCGAAAAUUCAAAAUAUCCAUGAUUCUAACUUACUUAAUUAAUAUAAACUCCUUGAUUCUAAGUUAUUAAAUUAAUUUAAUCCCUUAACGCAUCCGUUAUGGCCAAAGAGUAAAUGUAAAUGUCACAUUACGCAAAUGCCAAGCGUUAGGCGCCGCACAAUGCAUGUCCUAACUUUAAGCGUUGCCCAAACUCGUAAGGUCUCCUUGUCAUUGGUGAAACGCAUUUUCACCUUUGACAAUGCCCUAAUAUUUAGUUAUCAGAUUAAGGCGACUCCUAAGUUUAGUGAAAACAAAGGUUAACAUAAAAAAAAAAUUACACGGUGGUUUAAACGUUAUAAUAAUAAUAAUACUUUAUUGCACUCAAUAUGAUACAAUGUUUACAGGAGCUUAUUAUUUAAAAACAUUGAGUAAACAAAUGGCGGCCUUAUUGCUUAACAGCAAUUUCUUCCAGGCAACCUAUGGUGAAACUAGAUAACCAAUAAAGAUACUUUGGAGAGUCGGUGCAAUAUUGAGAAGGAUAAAUAUAUUAAUAGCGUUAAUAUUUUAU